GCUGGUCCUCCGUUUAUUCUCGCCGGUCACUCUCAGUCUUUUCUUUUCGCUUGUCUAUUUGCUUCAUUUCCGGCGUCUCACACCGCGAUAGCCUGCCGUCUUCCUUCGCCGGCUUCACUUUUUCCGACAUUGGAUUCCGUUUCCGGCGACAAUCGCUCAAGUACUACUGUUGCAUAAAAAAUGAGUUCAACCAGAGGGCGUGGGAAGCCUUUAAAUCCAGGCACCAAUAAGAGCAAUGUUUCUGGGAUUUCUACCACUACAGUAGAUCAUUUGAGUCGGGGUGUAGCCGAUGUUAGCCUGGAUCCUGGACAGGCAGAUGGUGAUUGGGAAGUUUAUGCUAAAAAGUCCAGGAGAGCUGGCCCGAAUGCAUCUAAACAAUGGGGUGCCCCGAAUUCUAGUCCCAAAUCAACAGAGGUGGCUCAGACGUCUGGCACACGCAAUGGUGGUGGUGGACGAGGAAAGGCGUCUGGUAAGAGUUGGCAAGCUCAAUCCGCUAGGACGAUGGCUGGAAGAGGGAUCCAACCCAGGGCUUCAGAGAGUAGUUAUAGGACUUCACCGCCUGUUAUUCGCCCUCCCCUGGAGAAUGGCUGGAAUUGGCCAUCUAGGGCGGGUGCCAGUCAAAAUAAGGUUUUGGAAGAUGCCCAACAUCAAGAUGAACAUAACUCAAACUCAUAUCUGAGUGAUGAGAAUGACGAUAAUGACAAUAUUGACGAUAAUGAUGAUGAUUCUGAUGAUCUUGAGGAUAGUGAUGAUGAUGUGUUAAGUGACGAGUUUGAUUCCGAUGCGAGUCAAAAGAGCUUUGAAACUCGAAAGAAGACUAGAUGGUUUAAGAAGUUCUUUGAGAUUUUGGAUAGUUUGACGGUUGAGGAAAUUAAUGAACCUGCCAGGCAGUGGCAUUGUCCAGCAUGCCAAGGAGGCCCUGGUGCCAUUGACUGGUACCGUGGCCUGCAACCCUUGGUGACACAUGCCAAAACAAAAGGAUCUAAAAGGGUGAAGCUGCAUAGAGAGCUAGCAGAACUUCUGGACGAGGAAUUGCAGCGGAAGGGAGCAUCUAUUGUUCCUGCAGGGGAACAAUUUGGUAAAUGGAAAGGUUUGAAAGAUGAGGAGAAAGACCACGAGAUAGUUUGGCCUCCUAUGGUUAUUGUUAUGAAUACAAAGCUUGAGCAGGAUGAUAAUGACAAGUGGACCGGCAUGGGAAACCAGGAACUUCUUGAGUACUUCAGUUCAUAUCCUGCUACAAAGGCUCGACACUCAUAUGGUCCCCAGGGGCAUCGUGGGAUGAGUGUUUUAAUCUUUGAGACCUCAGCAAGGGGUUAUUUUGAGGCUGAUCGUCUGCACAAGCAUUUCAUUGAGCAAGGAACAGAUAGAAAUGCUUGGGAUCGUAGGAGGGUUUUGUUCUAUCCAGGCGGGAAACGCCAACUUUAUGGUUUUAUGGCGACAAAAGAAGACCUUGACUUUUUUAACCAACAUAUGCAAGGCAAAUCUAAGAUGAAGUUUGAGAUGAAAUCAUACCAAGAGAUGGUGGUAAACCAGAUGAAGCAAAUGAGCGAGGACAACCAGCAGCUUAUCUGGUUGAAGAACAAGGUCGUAAAAGAAAGAAACAAGGCAAAGACCUACCAAGAAUCUCUUGAUAUAGUCAGUGCAAAGCUCCGCAAAACAAAAGAGGAAAAUAGGAUUGUGAGACAGAGAACCCUCAUGCAACAUGAAGAAAACAAAGAAGAGAUGGAAUUGCAAGAGCAAUUUUUUAAAGAACAAAUCAAACUCUUGCACGCCACGAGAGAUGAAAAAGAAGAUAAUUUCGAAAGGCUGCAGCAAGAGAAACGCGAGGAGGUAAAGCAAACAAAUGUAAGGCAAUCGAAUGCUGAUGAAUACAGAAGCAGGGCGGAGGACGUUGCUAAGUUCAUUAAGUUUCAAGAUGAAGAGAUGGAAGAUUUUGUAGCAGAGAGGGAAGAGCUAAUAAAAAACCAUGAAGAGAAGAUAGCAGAAAUGAAACGACGACACUGGGAGGAAGAAGUUGAGCUCGAGAAAGAGUUCAAUGCAGAAUUAACUCGGCUGAUGGAGAAGUAUUCGCCUCAUGGUUCAAAAGAUGCAAAAGAGCAGUCAAGUUGAGGGUUGGGUCGGGUCAAGGCUACGGUGAAAAGUGAAGAUACUGGUUUAUAGGGUGAUAGUACUCUGCAACUAUUAACAGCGUCUACUGGGGUGAGUUGUUCCAUUCCUCUCUCCUCACUUUUCUUAUGCUUAUCUCAUACAAUGCUAGCUCAAAGUAUACAAAAACAAUUGAACCUUGUUUUAUCCUCCCUUCUUUUGUGCUGUUAUCGUUGCGGUUUCUGAUUAUAUGAUGACUCUACAACUGUGGUAUAUAACCGUAUCGAGCUACUUGCUUUGCCUGACCACGUCGAGCUACUUGCUCGACAGUGGCAUACUGUGUUGAUCUGCUUGAUGUUUGGUUGCUUGUUGGGGAGUCUCAAUCCACUCUCUUCGAAGUAGGGUCGAGAUACUCUUCCCACUUAAA